CAUUCGUAAGCAAAUUAUACAAGUAAGCCCUCUAUAUUUGGGUGUGUGUGUAUCGAAGGGGGACGGACUGGUUGCCAGGAACAAAACUAAAGUUGUUCAGAAUUGUUUACGAAUCAAAGCAUGGUAGAGGAUUCUGAGAUUCAAGAUCUCAUAACAUGGUCAGAAAACGGCGACGUGUUUCGAGUCUUCAACCCAACGGCGUUCUCGAAAAAUGUACUCCCUCGUUAUUUCAAACAUAGCAAUUGGCAAAGCUUUGUUAGACAACUGAACAUGUAUGGCUUUAAUAAGGUCAAUGAUAUGAUUCAUUCCAACUUGCGGAACGAAAAUCAGAUAUGGGAAUUUCGACAUCCUCAUUUUCAGCGUGGUGCAGUGGAAGACUUACGCAACAUUAAACGUAAAAGCGUCCGUUCCUUAAGGGCAACAGCACCUCUUUCCGUCACUGAAAGCGAUGUGCAGCGAUCGGAGAUGCUGCAUCAGAAUUAUGCAAACCUUGUGGAUCGGGUGACUCGCAUGAACACUGGAUUCGAGACUCUUUUUGAUGAAGUGUCCUUCUUACGUUCUGUUGUACUAAAGCAGCAAGAAUAUAUGGAAGAAAUCAUUCAGGCACUAGCGCUUAUAGGCCCCAAUGUUAGUGGUAAGUUACUGCCGUUUUCACGUUUUCGAAAAUGGAAAUGUUUGCUGCUACAAAGAUCUAAUUAAUAAAACACAUGGUGAUGUUUUUUGCGCUGUACAGAUGGAGAUGCAGGGGAAUUCCAGGCAC